CUGCCUACACUUUUCCCGGCAGCAGUGGUGUGAUAUAAGUACCAUGGAUGGAUUGUAUCUUGGUACUUGUGCGUUAAUGUCCAAUUGUGCUGUGAUAUAUACUUUAGCAGGAUUAGGGGCGUGUGCUGUCUUUUGGUUUAUUUUCUCUCCAAAGUUUGUCCAGAGUAUUGCAGCAAGGAUGUUUUUCUCAUUUUUGCCAAUCAUGUCGUCUCCAGACGGCGGACCUUCAGGCGAAUUGCCAGCUAACAUGACCAGCUUCUACAUAGGCCUGGGACUGGCCGUGAGCUCGACUUUCUUCAUAGGUGCAAGUUUUAUCAUCAAGAAGAAGUCGUUGAUCAAGUUAAGUCGCUCAGGAGCUGUUCGAGCUUCUGCAGGUGGUUUUGGAUACCUCAAAGAGUGGCUGUGGUGGGCAGGGCUUCUCACAAUGGGCAUUGGUGAAGCAGCUAAUUUUGCUGCAUAUGCAUUCGCCCCGGCAUCACUGGUGACGCCUCUCGGUGCUCUCAGCGUUCUGGUUUCUGCCGUCAUGUCUUCGAAGUUCCUCAAUGAAAAACUUAACCUGCUAGGAAAGAUGGGUUGCUUCCUUUGCAUCCUCGGCUCCACAGUCAUCGUUAUCCACUCGCCGAAGGAAGAAGAGGUAGAGAGCCUGGACGUUUUGCUGGAAAAACUUAAAGAUCCAGGUUUUGAAUCAUAUGUGGUGCUGGUGGUGGUGGUGUCAGUGGUGAUAGCAUUCUACGUGGGACCUCGCUAUGGCCACAGACACGUGGCGGUGUACGUGACGCUGUGCUCCUUGGUCGGCUCCCUGACCGUCAUGUCCUGCAAGGGACUGGGGCUUGCCAUCAGGGACACCAUUAGCGGCAAGUCCAACGAGCUGGGCAACUGGCUGACCUGGGUGUUUCUGCUCACUGCCCUGAUGUGCAUCGCCCUGCAGAUGAACUACCUGAACAAGGCUCUGGACAUGUUCAACACGGGCAUCGUCACGCCGGUGUACUACGUGUUCUUCACCACGCUGGUGAUCAUUGCAUCGGCCGUGCUGUUUCGUGAGUGGACCAACCUCGCGGCGCAGGACUUGCUGGGCAGUCUGUGUGGCUUCCUCAUCGUGAUAGUGGCCAUCCUGCUGCUGAACGCGUUCCGCGACUUGGACGUGUCGCUGGUGGAUGUGAGCGGGGUCGCCCGGCCCAAGAGGAGGCUGCUGAUGUCCUCGCACGAUGAGGAGGGGCUCAUUGGGGAUGGGGACAAGUCCGUGGCCACCUACGGCAGUCCUGGGGAGACGGGGCUCAUGUGACACGGCAGGUUCCCUGUUAAAAUCCUCUGAUGAGAGUGCGGUGUGGGGCAGCUGGUUGAACCACUGACACUUCUGCCACGAACUAAAGUUGGCACUCUGCCGUCUCAUAUGUUUGGAAGUUUCUUGGAACACCUGUUGUGUUUGUGAUCAGGCCAUAUAAUACACAAAGUGAAUUUCGAUCAAGCCGAUGUAGUUGUGAUAAUAUUGAAGUAUUGAUCAGUUUUUAUUUGUCAUAUUAUUUUUUUACAUAAAAAUUUCAAAAGGG